CUAUAAAUACAAGUGGUUCAACCUCAGGCACUUCAUUUGUACUUCCCCUUCCGACUCUCUGAACGCUGGAUUGUCGUACGAGAUCGAAUUGAAGUGACCAUGUCUGGACGUGGUAAAGGCGGUAAAGCCAAGGAGAAAUCCAAGAGUCGGUCCAGUCGAGCGGGUCUUCAAUUUCCGGUGGGCCGGAUUCAUCGGCUUUUGCGGAAGGGAAACUAUGGCGAACGUGUGGGAGCGGGUGCGCCCGUGUACUUGGCCGCGGUGCUCGAGUAUUUGGCGGCUGAGGUGCUGGAAUUGGCUGGUAAUGCGGCUCGCGACAAUAAGAAGUCUCGGAUCAUCCCUCGCCAUCUGCAGUUGGCCAUCCGGAACGACGAGGAGCUCAACAAGUUGUUGAAUGGCGUGACCAUCGCGCAGGGUGGCGUGUUGCCCAAUAUUCAAGCCGUCCUCUUACCCAAGAAAACCGACAAGAAAGAGUAAUGGACGACACUACUCUCUCAGAUCUUUGACGUGAAUUUUGUUGGACAUUAAUAAAGAAACCGCUUUUUCAAA